UGUCAGAGCAGAGCGGAAGAGACUUGACGUGUUUACGUCGAUGCAGCCAGCAAGAUGUUUUAUAUAUUUUUCUGUUAGUCUCCAGGGAGUCGUGCAUCUUGUUAUAGAAAGGGUCUUUGUAACUAGGAUGUUUUUCAAAUCCUGAAAAAAUGACGCGACGCAGAGAUGCUUCAUAUGUACAUUACAAGCUAGCUGAAGCUAACGGUUAGCUAGCUGCUUUGUUAAUGUCAUGAAGGAUGGAGACAACAAGGGGAGAGACAGAAUAGAGAAAGGAGUGGUAGCAGUGUGAACUGUUCCUGGAGGCUGUGAGGAUGUCAGAGCUAGUUCAUGAUCACACACUGACCCAGCAGGUACUAUCCAGGUAGACUUGAAGUGGGAACUAUGAAAGGAGAAAGCACACCAGAAUGUGAAGAUGAGGCUUUGUUUGAGGAUCGGGACUUCCCCCCUAAGGAUACAUCCCUUUUCUGUGACAGAUCCACGCCCAUUGCUAGGCUGCAGGGAGUUGUUACCUGGUUACGCCCACAGGAGAUCUGCAGUACUCCUGUUCUCUUUGCUGACAACAUAAACCUUAGCCAUUCAAAACAAGGCUUAUUAGGUGACUGCUGGUUUCUCUGUGCUUGCUCCUUCUUACUGAAGAAUAGACAUCUACUGAACACGGUGUUUCCUCCAGAACAGCCUCAGUGGGAUGACAGCAGGUACAGGGGCUCUUUCAAGUUUCGUUUUUGGCAGCAGGGACAUUGGACAGAUGUUACCAUCGAUGACCGCCUACCCUGUAUCAAUUCCACCCUCUGUUUCUCACGCUGCCACUCCCCCACUGCUUUUUGGGUAGCCAUGCUAGAGAAGGCUUAUGCCAAGCUUCAUGGCUCAUAUGAGCGACUGUGGGCAGGGCAGGUGUCUGAGGCUCUGGUGGAUUUAACUGGGGGGCUCGCAGAGUGUUGGAGUUUGGGAGACAGGGGGUCAGAAGAGGAGCAUAGACCAGAACAGGACAGUGACCAGGUCAAGAGAAAAAAGCUGGACCUUAAACUUCUGCAGCAAGUGAAAGAUGAAUGUGCGAUCAGCUGCUCCACUCACGGCAGCCCUGGAGGUGCUAGUGAGCUGGGUCAGUACCAUGCGCUGGCUGUCAUGGAGUGGUUGGAUGUGAAGACAAUGACAGGAAGUGAUGUGCUGCUGCUUAGAAUAAAAAACCCGUGGGGACGAUGCUGCUGGGAAGGAGCCUGGACAGAGAGUGGUGCUGGCUGGGGUUCUAUCGACCCUGUUUCGGCUUUGGAGCUUCAAGCCAGGACGGCUGAGGGUGAGUUCUGGUUGGACGAGGAUGAAUUCAUGUCCCAGUUUGAUGAUGUCACUGUUGGCUAUCCCAUCAGUGAAGAGGGCCACCUUAAAAACAUCUAUACAGGAAAUCUGCUGACUCACAGCCACCAGCUGGCUGGCCGGUGGAUGAAAGGUCACUGCGCAGGUGGCUGCAGAAACAGCAGCAGCUACAGCAGCAACCCAAAGUAUUGGCUCAAAGUGUGUGAAAGAGGAGAGGUGCUAAUAUCUUUACUGCAGCAUAGGAAAUUGAAACAUACAGAGAAAUACGCACAAACGCCACUGGAGGAUGGCGAGAACACGAAACACCAGCAUUACCAGGCUAUCGCUCUACACAUGUGGAAGGUGGAGAAGAAGCGUUUUAAUCUGAGCCGGAUGUUGAACAGACCUCCUUGUGCUUCUACUCACUGCCAUGUCUACGACAGAGAAGUAGUCCUGCACGGCCAGCUGGAGCCCGGAUUCUACCUGCUGAUCCCCAGCACCUACCAGCCAGGAGCGGAGGCCCGCUUUCUCAUCAGGGUCUUCUCCUCCUCUUCUACAUCCCUUAGUGCCCUGAAAAGCCCAGCACCUUCACUGCCAUUAACCAGCGAUGGAGAGUGGGAGACGAGUUACUUCCGGGGCUCGUGGGUGGAGGGAAGAACAGCGGGAGGAAGUAGGAACUUCCUGUCGUACUGGCAGAACCCACACUUCCCUUUCACUGUGUGUGCUGAGUCAACCGAGACGCCAGAAGUUAAUGUAAAGAUUACCCUGCACCAAAGCCGCCCUGACACACAGCUGCACCCUAUUGGCUUUCACAUUUACAAGAUCCCAGAAGCUACACCAGAGGCUACAUUACCCAAAGACCAGGAUCCUGUGGCUAGUUGUGUCCCUCACUGUUACACUCAGGAUGUCAGUCUGACCUGCUGUCUCCCUGCUGGAGCUUACACCAUUGUGCCGUCCACCUAUCAGCCAGACUGCUCAGCAAACUUCACCCUCAGCCUUGCACGCAGAAUACACAGGAAAGUGGUGAAAAGCCAGGAGAUGCUAGGAAGAGCCAUUCAGGAGCAGAUCUCUCACAUCUCUGUGAUGCAGAGCUAGUUCUUUCGGACUGUUGCUGCUCCACUGACGCCGGCUGUGCCUCUUGGCCCGUGAUGAAAGAAGCGGUUCCCCCGUCCGCCCUCACUGUGGAGGCCAUGUGUGUGUUCAUGUAUGUGUAUGUACUGUAUGUGUACCGUCAGAGACUGAGGAGGCAGGCGGGCAGAUUCACUGGGAAUGUGUGUGUCGGGAAUCCUGGAAACCUCUUUAUCCCUAACCGCUGAGGCUCAGGGCUGAUGGGCAGCCACACACUCAUCGGGCGAUUAGGACAUCAGAGGUUGUCGGUGGGAUGGGCUGCUAAUGAAGUAUGACGGGACUGGCUGGUGUAAACAAACAGCCACCAUUGAAGAGGGCCGCCGCUGCUCUUGCUCAUUCACUCACUGGUGCGCCUGCCGGCCUGGAACAAAGAGUCCUCUCAUGAAGGUCCUCACAGAGGCACAGGGGGCAAGGGGCGAGGGGAUGGUCUCCGACAGUAGAACCAACCAAACCACACCACACCAUACCAUACCGUGCCAUGCUAUACCAUGCCAGAGCCAUCCUGUCCCUUACCAACCCCCCUGCAGACACUCAUCUCUCUACUUAACUUGCAUUAUCUGUCAAUACCUCAUCACUUUUCAUGGGCUGGAGCACAAAAAGUCCACUCAGUUUCUGACUGCAUCCUCGCCUCCAGGCUCCCUUUCUGUCCCCCCUGACUUGGUCCACAGCUCUGCCCGGACCUGAACAGAGCUGCAGUCUGAUGUCGCCGCACGAAAGGAUGACAAGCGGGCAGAUGAAGGGAUGAAACAAGGGAUGCGGCACAUCAGAGGAAGCUGGUUCAUAUGAAGGAGCUGCCAGUCCUUUUUGUGCUGUGGUGUGUCUGCCGGCUUGCACCCAUGUCUGUGUGGGGAAGUCACAGGGUUUAUGAUGAUUCAUUGGAGCCAGAGUUGACAAUACGGAAGAGGAUUAGGGCCAUUUUCGAAGGAGAAAAUCAUUUUGGGCAGGUCAAGAUUAAAGUGAAAAAGACAAGAAUAAAGGUGAAAUUUCACGAAUAAUGUUGAAACACAAAAAAUCAAAAUGACGAGAAAAAAAGUUGAAAUUUUGAGAAUAAAGUUGAAACACAAUUUUGAGAUUGAAGUAGAAAUGACGAGAAAAAAGUUGAAACUUGCUAUUAUUAACAGUGGAUCUUAGACGCAUUGUUAAUGUGCUAAUGAGAGAGAUUCUCUUUGUUGUUUUAUCCAAUAAUAAGGUCUGCUUUCACAUAUUCAUGGAUAUGAGGCAUAAGACUAACCUGACACACCAGAGGGAUUUGUUCAAACAUCCAUCUGGAAAACCUUAAUAGGAAGCGUUUGAGAAAUGGCAGAAGCUUUGAAAAAAAAAAAGAACUGGGAGCGUGAUUGGAUGAACUUUCUGUCCAUCACAUCUUUACGGGCCUAUCAGAGCAACAACACACGUGACAUAGCCGCAACUGAG